GCCUCAGCUCUCUGCACUCACUCAAGCCCGGAGCCGCUCCUGUGAAACAGUGCGCACCUAACAACUCAGCCUCAUCGAGUUGGAGGGACACACUUGGAGCAGACAAACAAAAGACAUCCAGCGGAGAAACAAAGAGUCAAGAUGGCAAGCUACGUGUCCUCUGAAUGCCGCCGCGUCAGCCCUUCAGUCCACGGCAACAAGUUUGACACGGCGCACCGUAAGAAGGCCGUGGCCAACAUUUUCGAGAACGUCAACCAGGACGCGCUCAUGAGACUUUUCCAGAAAACGGGCGACAUGAAGGCGGAGGAGAGAGUGAGGAGCAUCUUCUCCUACACCCAGGACCCGGAGGAGACGGCCCGGGCCCUGAUGGCUCUGAAGCAGCGAAAGAAGGACAAGUUCCUCCAGAUCGCGGGCAUGGUCCGGCAGCUGCUCAAAUUGCGUUGACUGGGUUUUAUCAGUCUUUGACCGUCUGUGUCUCUGUCGGCUCGUGUGUGAGCCGAAUGUGAAAACACUCCCGGUAUGACUGGGUUGCUGCCGCAGAUGCGGCUCUCCUGUCGCCUGGAAAGGAGCGAGAAUGGAGGAGAAUGUGCAGCCGCCCGCCUGGAGGGCAACAUGCGGCAGCUGUCGCCUCAUGGACGGAGGUGACAGUGGUGUCCUGCUCGGAGCGGAUGGAGCAAGAUGAACUGUCAGGGAAUAAGAAGGACAAACACGUCUUCCCUGAGACUUGAAGUCAUGAAUGCAUUCUUGUGGAUGCCUGACUGUGAAGCAGCACCUCGUACAGGUGUAGCCCACAUCACUGUGUCGAUGGUGGUGCACAGCUGCAAUAUGAGACUCUGUAGUGCCAGAACCUGCCUAAAUGCCUGUCCUGAACACAUGCCUUGUCUCUCAGCUUCACUUUGUUGUAUGAAGACAACUCGUUAGUGGCCACUAAUGUGUUAUUGUCUCAGAAUGUUAUAACACAAUGAUUUGCAUUUCCUUGUGUGUCAUUUUCAAUAAAUUAUUACAUUGUAUACAAAA